ACACUCGGUAUCGCCGAACCAUCGCGAACCAAACGAUUGUGCAAUGCGGUUGCGGUAUGGUGCGUGUAAUCGCAAGACGUAGCCAACAAAUGACAUGAAUGAUGGGGAAAAGGGAACGAAAAAAUGGAGAUGGCUCAAAAGGUAAAAACAGUAAACGAACCAAGGUGGCAAAUAUAGACCAGGAUGAAGAUUCAUUGGGGGUGGACGGGACUGUAGAACUACCAGAGAGUGCGUCCAGACAUGUAGAGGAACAAGUGACUGAGGAAGAUGAAUUUGGUGCUAAGGAUUACCGCCAACUCCUGCAGCUGAAAUUAGACCACAAAUCCCGGCCGCUGUGGCUGGCUCCAGAUGGUCAUAUAUUCUUAGAGUCCUUCUCGCCGGUCUAUAAGCGCGCCCAUGACUUCUUGAUUGCUAUCUCAGAGCCCGUCUGCAGACCAGAGCACAUCCAUGAGUACAAGCUGACAGCUUACUCCCUCUAUGCUGCCGUGUCAGUAGGCCUACAGACCAGCGAUAUCAUUGAGUAUCUACGCAGACUCAGCAAAACCUCCAUCCCUGAUGGAAUCAUUGAAUUCAUCAAGCUGUGCACUCUGAGCUAUGGCAAGCUGAAGUUAGUCCUUAAGCAUAACCGCUACUUUGUGGAGAGCACACAUCCAGAUGUUUUGCAGAGACUGCUGAAGGAUCCAGUGGUGCAGCAGUGUCGGCUACGUGAAGAUGUUGAUGAGGAUGGACAGGAGACUAAGGAAGGUUUCCUAGUGUCUAAGCUGUCUGGCCAGUCUGCUUUGAAGCUCAAUCAGCCCAACGCCAAUUCCACCGGUACCCCGGGCUCGUCUGCCAGCCAAGACGGCGCUGAGCAGAACGGUGAGGAGAAGACGGAAAUCCCCUCGGAUAUCUACGACUUCUACCAGAAGAUUGACCGGGAAGAUGAGGAAGGGGAGGAGCUACAGACGGUGUCGUUUGAGGUCCGACAAGAAGAGAUUGAAAACCUACAAAGACGAUGCAUCGAGUUGGAGUUUCCCCUGUUAGCUGAGUAUGACUUCAGAAACGACACACACAACCCAGACCUCAACAUUGACCUGAAACCAACCACCGUCUUGCGUCCCUACCAAGAGAAGAGUUUACGUAAAAUGUUUGGUAACGGCAGAGCACGGUCAGGGGUGAUUGUCCUUCCAUGUGGUGCUGGGAAGACAUUAGUUGGUGUCACGGCAGCCUGCACAAUACGUAAGCGUUGCCUGGUACUCUGCACCUCAGGGGUUGCCGUGGAACAGUGGAGGUCACAGUUCAAGAUGUGGUCUACCGUGGAUGAUUCCAUGAUUUGCAGAUUCACCUCCGAUGCCAAAGACAAACCCAUGGGGUGCAGUAUAAGCAUAAGCACCUAUUCCAUGGUAGCACAUACCACCAAGAGGUCCUGGGAAGCUGAACAGGUCAUGAAGUGGUUACGACAACAAGAGUGGGGACUCAUGCUGCUUGAUGAGGUGCACACCAUCCCAGCCAAGCAGUUUCGUCGAGUCCUGACGGUAGUCCAAGCCCACUGCAAGCUGGGUCUGACCGCCACGCUGGUGAGAGAGGAUGAUAAGAUCGCUGAUCUCAACUUCCUGAUUGGACCCAAGCUGUAUGAAGCCAACUGGAUGGAGCUACAACGAAUGAACUUCAUUGCCCGGGUACAGUGUGCUGAGGUCUGGUGCCCUAUGACACCGGAGUUUUACAGGGAGUACUUGGGCAUCCGAACACGAAAACAACUGCUCUUGUAUGUCAUGAAUCCCAACAAAUUCCGUGCCUGCCAGUUCCUGGUUCGUUUCCAUGAGCAGCAGAAUGACAAGGUCAUCGUUUUCUCCGACAAUGUCUUUGCUCUCAAGCAUUACGCCAUCGCCAUGGAUAAACCCUACAUCUAUGGGCCAACCAGCCAGGGAGAGAGAUUACAGAUCCUACAGAACUUCCAGCACAACCCCCUGGUCAACACCAUCUUCAUCUCCAAGGUCGGUGACAACUCCUUUGACUUGCCUGAAGCCAACGUACUGAUCCAGAUCUCCUCCCAUGGUGGCUCGCGGCGGCAAGAGGCACAAAGACUGGGGCGGAUCCUCAGGGCCAAGAAAGGCGGGGCAGCAGAGGAAUAUAAUGCCUUCUUCUACACGCUAGUCUCUCAGGACACGCAGGAGAUGUACUACUCCAUGAAGAGACAACGCUUCCUGGUCAACCAAGGCUAUAGCUUCAAAAUCAUCACCAAACUAGCUGGCAUAGAUGAGAGUAAUUUGAAGUACAGCUCCAGGCAGGAACAGCAGCAGUUACUGCAGCAAGUGUUGUGUGCAUCAGACUUGGAUGCCGAGGAGGAGAAAUUGCCCGGUGAAAGCAACACCAAGUCAUCCUCACAGUAUGUACGUCGUGUGGGCAGCAUGAGCUCCAUGUCUGGUGCUGAUGACCAGGUCUACGUAGAGUAUCAGAGCAAGUCAAGGAAAGGCCAAGCUCAGCAUCCACUCUUCAAGAAGUUUAGAUGAUCUUCAACUCACUGGAAGACAUCAAUUUCGGUCAGAAAUCCAUGGACUUGAAGUACAUACUUUGGCUACGAGACAAUCAAGAAAGUCUGCCAAUUGCAGAAGGCAUUUCUGUGUUCCCAGAUGGAAAAGGAACAUCGUGAACAUUUUGAAAUACCCCAUUGGAUGACCAGGAUUUUAAGUUUCAUCCAAUAAGUUUAUCCUGUGGCUACUAGCUCUUUACAUUGUUGUUGUGUAAACUAUCAAGAUGUUUAUAGAAAAUAUCCGUAGUCAAGUACAUGAUGAGUACAAACAAUACAAGUGUGCAUACAAAGAAGCAGAGUACGAGUACUGCUGCACUUCAUGAAGGCCAAGCAAAGUGAAGAAACUUUCGGACACAACUGUUGCAAUGUCUUUGCAUUUCUUUGGGAUCACAUAAUUUGUGAGGGGUUCUGGCAAAAUGAGACAGAACUGAACAGAGGUUGAAAUGAGGGUUUGUAGGUAUUAGGAAAGAGAAUAAAAAUGCUCCUUUUUGUUGCACUUCCAUCGGGCAUUCCAUUGACAAGUUAUGGCUGUUGAAAGGAAAUUCCUAAAAAUUGUAUGUUUUGGAU